AAUAGUUGCAUAACAACUUCUUCAGGAUUUCAUACCUUUAUUUUCAAUAAUUGAGAAUGAAAGAAGAUCUUUGCAGCACAUUAAAGGCAAUUGAUAUCCGAGUUUUUCUUUCAGUUGUGAAGAACCUGUUGUAUCACGAUUACGUGCAAACAUUCAAACGAUAUGUUUAUUUGUUUUCUUUAUUGCUUGUGCCUCUGUUAUUUGAUACAUUGCCAACAAAUGGUUUCGCAUAUUUCCUGUACCACUUGUUGCACACUAUAAGUACCAAUUUGUCUUCGAACUGAAGAAAAAUUUGCAUCAGGAUAUUCUUCUUUUAUAUUUUCAAAGCACACUUUGCAAUAAAUUCGAUCAAGAUCUAAUGCUUCCCUUGCAUUUUUGUAUAAAUGUCCAAAAUAAUUCCAGAUAAAUGAAGGUCUUGGUACAUUGGGUAGUUGUAUAUGAAUAAAAAGAGUUUUAUUUAAAUCAUCAAUUUUAUCUAGGUCAAGUGGCAUAUUGAUCUAUGAUUAAAAGAACCACUACUAUAAUUAGAACAGAUAAAUAACAACACUAAUAUUAACAAUAAGUAAUACUCACCAAUAAAGAAAAAUAAAUAAAUAACAACACCAACAAUAUUGAUAAGUGAAAAUCAAAAUCAAAACCAAACAGAAACAAAUAAACAACAACACCAAUAUUAUCGAUAAAUAAAAAACACUACCGAAGAAAAAUAGAUAAAUGACAACAUCAGUAUUAUCGGUAAAAACCACCAGUAAAAAAUAAUAGAUAAAUAGCAAUAUCAAUAUUAUCAAUAAGUAACACUGACAACUAUAGUUAAAAGAAAUAAAUAACAACACCAGUAUCAGUGAUAAAUAAAAAUCACCACUAAAGAAAAAUAGAUAAAUAACAACACUGAUAUUAUCGAUAAAUAAAAACUUUCUGGGAAUAUCGAUGGUUAGAAGAAUAUCUGGAUCAGUAACAGUUAUUUAUUUUUUUUACUUCUAACACACAAUUUCUCUUUCUCAUCACUCUAUGCACAACAUACAUGACUGGUUACAAAGUUGACUGAUGAAAAUAACGUAAAGAUUUUCGAUCGUGUAUAUAUAGAUGUCAGCGGCGGCAGCGUGUGUUAUUAAAAAUUUUUUUUCGUGACAGCGGUGCAGCGGUUGAUUUUGAUUUUUUGACGGCGGCGGCUGCUGAGAAAUUUUUAAAAUCACUUAUGAUUUAGUGACGGCGGCGGCUCAGCUGGAUAGCUUACACCUCUACUCGCAGAAGAAGUGAUCCAAAAGCAGAAUAUUUACGUGUACCUUCACGAAUCCGAUCCUUACAUAGAUAACAGCGAACUAUUGGUUCUCAAGGCAUAAUGAAAUACACAUUUCCAAAUAAUAUAAUGUAAUCACGAAUGUAUGCACUCUUUUCACUUUAACAACAAACGCUCUUAUGAAAAAUCACCGACACAAUAACAAUUACGUGUGGCACAUACUAUUUUUUCAAACGUAUUUUAUCUAUUCAUGUUGGGCUGCAGCUUUAUCAAUUUUCUUUCAUUUCUUUCAUUCCUUGAUUCUUAUCAACUAUUCGUAUAUGUAUAGUUAUCCUAUGAAAAGGAGAAAAACAUUACCUAUUAAUCCAUAUAGUUACCCACGACAUUCACAUAAUUUUUACUGUAUGUUCCAAGAUUCUUUUCCGGCCUACCUCUUUUCCAGUUGAUAUCUAUAGAGUUUUGUAGCGCGUGAAAAGAGCUAUCGAAUGACCUAUAAUGGAUGUUGACUCUCAAGAUUUAUUUCAGAGAUAUGAGUGAAAUAUGUCAAAGUACUCAUGAAAUUCAUACAAUUUUUACUGUAUGUUCCAAGACUUUUCUUUGGUUCACCUUUUUUGCGAUUAACAUGUAUAUGGUUUUGCAGCCCAUGAAAAGCGCUAUCGAAUGGUCUAUAAUUGAUGUUGGCUCUCAAGAUUUAUUAGGGACAUAUGAGGUGAAGUAUGUCAAAGUACUCAUGAAAUUCAUAUAUCUUUUGCUGUAUGUUCCAGGAUUUUGUUUUUGGCCCACUUUUUUUACAUUUAAAAACCAUAGGGUUUUGUAGCGCGUGAAAAGCGCAAUCGAAUGAGCUAUAAUUGAAGCUGGCUCUCAUGGACUUAUAUAUAGAAAAUUGUUAUGAAAGACAAACAUGUCAUCACUAUAUACUGUUAAUAGGACCAUUCGAAGUUUUGAAACUCGUCAAAACGAUAUGUUGAGAGACCGUCUUACGGGUAAAAAUGGUACCUGAUAUCAAGGCUAUCAUAUUCAUUUCGAACUGCUUACUAUCCUCUAAAUAUUUAUUUUCAGAAGAGCUAAAUAUCACAUAUGUACAGUAUCAGUCCUAAGGAUUAAUUUCCUAUAUUUUUAGUAUCGACUAACGAUUGAGGAAGUUCUCGAAUAUAGUCGAAAUAUACUUCAGAUCUAGUCCUAAUAUACUCGGUGAUGAAAACUCUUUAAUUCUAAAUAAGAUUCUACUGAGUAAUAUGCAAAAAUCCUCAGUGGGCCAAAUCACGUUCUUAUGCGCUCCCGUUCUAUUUUUUUUUAUUUCUCAUAUAAAGAAAGUGCGUCUUAUUUUUUUUGUGUACGGCAGUAAAUCCAGUAGGUACCCACUGAUAUAUAAUAUGGAAGCUUGAGCUUCUCUCUGACCAGAAUCCUCGCAUUGAUCGAUAAGCUAUUGUCAAUGAAUCCAUAAUAUUUUGUGUAUUGUAUAUGACGAUUAAGAAAAAACCCAAAUGCAACCAUUGUAUUGUAUACAUCUUUACAAAUAUUUUUCUUUUGUUUUAUUUUACUCUUAACUGACGUCCAUUUUGUUGCUUGUUACAGUAGAUCUGUCGAGAGAAGAAAAAUAUCGUUUAUAGAGAAAAGAAAAACCUGAGAGAGAAUAAAUUGUAGACAAUUUAGACAAGAGUAAGAGGCACAUAUUUAUGACUAUUCGAUUCGCUCUCUCACAAGCUGCUCGAAUAAUGUAUCCCAAAAUAAGCACAACCAUGAUUAUGAGCUAGCUAACAAAGACCCGAAUAGAUUGGGUCAAGCCCAGCUCAACCCAACCAUGGAACGUAUUUUUCUGCGACAAGAAAACCAUGGAUGGGCUGAAUUCUGAAUAAAAUAUAAAAUUUUCGAAGGAUGUCGCUUAUUAUCACUAUAAAAAUUUUCUUUUCGAAAAAAUCUAACGUGAUUCUUUUAUUGGUUCAAACAUUUCUCCAAUGAAGAGUGAACAUCUAUAUGUUGUGAAUUCGUCUAGUCUGUUUGGGAUCAAAUACACAUAUGUCUGUUCAUGUUAUAAAAUUUUGUUUUUCUUCAACAAAAUGUCGUUAUCCGGUUCUUCUCUUUCAUCAAAAAUUGCACCACCAAAAAAUGACCAUUUCUGUUUCGAACGAUAUUUCUACUAAUUCUGCUCAACCAUCAAUCCCUAUUACCAAUUGAUCUUCAGCUGUUGCAGUUUCCUCAUCAUCACGCACAAAUAAAUGCACACCCGAACAGCUCAAACAUCUGUUGAAACAACAACCAUCGACGUACACUAUUAUGAAAAAUGAAGGAACCAACUUUUCAUUAUGUUGACAAGUUUUUGGAUUUCCAGAUGGAAAAUCAGAAAACACUGGUGAAAUUGAAAGAAUUGAAGGUUUUACAAGUUGUUGUUUAUGUUAUCAAACAUUUACUUUUACAUCAACUACUGGUACUAGAAAUGUACCUUCUCAUUCGUGUGUUAAAAAUUUAUCAAAUACAAAAAUAACAACAUAUACAAAGACUGCAUCAUCUUCACCUCAAAUUAAACGUGGUAUUUACAGUGUAUAUGAUAAUCGUUUGAAAAAUAUUCUUCAAGAGUUAGUCAUUCUAAGAGCAAGAUAUGGUGAAUUCAAUUUAAACAAUACUUUACGUGGUGCUGAUACAAUAUCCAACCAUAUAUAUAAUUUAGCUGAUGAAUGUCGUAUACAGUUAAAUGAAAUAAUCCAUGAACCAUUGAGAAGUGGUGCAAUUUAUGUGAGUCCUGAUCUUUGGUCAGAUAAUCACAGGAAGAUUUCCUACUUGGGAAUGAUAGCAACAUUUGUUGAUGAUAAAUUCGGAUACUAUAUUGUUGAUUUAUCAUGCUAUUCGAAAAAGAUAUUAGAACCGUUUGGCUUUUAUGAUUUAACAAAAAUUAGUUUUAUGUCUGACAGAGGUGUAAACCUAAUAAAAGCUUUUGAAGAUUAUGAAGUACUUAAUUGUUUUCCACAUCCUCUUAAUAAUGCCUUAAUGAGAGCAUUUUUUCAAACAAAUAUUAGUCGACCAGCAAAAAAUUUGUCAACAACUGCUCAAACAAUGGUAUCAUUAGUUUUACGUCGUGAUAAAGAUGAUAAUUAUUAUUCAUGCUCGUCAACAGAUAAAGAAGAAGAAAUAAUUAAACCAACAAAACGAAUUAAAAAUAAAAAAACAAAAAGAAUCAAUCACUGA